GUCCUUCUGUGCAGAGAGCUGUUUGGUGAUCUGUAGGACUUGGUGGGUGGUGGUUAGACUCGGUGGUUGGUUGUUGGAUCGGAUUUGAACCUUGGCGAUUGUUUGGAUUUGGACAUUGAACAUCAGCUACACUUCCAGAGUGAGUUCUUUCCUGUGUUUUCUUUCCACAAGCUCAGAGGUUUGAUUUUCUGUUUAUGUGACUUUAUUCAUUUGGGGGCUUUGCUUACAACUUUGCCUUUUGUUUUUUGUUUGUUUAGGUUUUUCAUUUUUUUGGGUGUGGAUUAACAUCCAUCCAUUUUCUUUCUUCCUUUCUUCUUUCCUCUCUCUCUCUCUCUCUCUCUCUCUCUCUCUCUCUCUCUCUCUCUCUCUCUCUCUCUCUCUCUCUUUCUUGCUUUAGUUUGGUUUGCUCUUCUUGAUCUUUGUAGACUGGGUUUCUUUGUGUGGACUUGGCUAACCUGGAAUUUUCUCUGUAGACCAGGGUAGCCUCAAACUCAGAGAUUCACCUGUCUUGCCUCCUGAGGGUUGAGAUGAAAUGUAGGGAGAAACCUGAGUGGCAUCGCUGCCUGCCAACAUCCACAUUUCUUUUCCUGACUUCUAUUUGACUGUCACUUUCUGUUACUCCCUAUCUCGUCCUGCCUCUUAACCUCCAGUCCCCACAUAGUUCCCCUUUCCUUUAGCCCAGCCUCAAACCACUGAGCUCCCGCAGGUAAGGAAAAUGGUGGCGUUUGUCUCUGUUGGGCUACAUUACUCUGUGUAACACAGUGACCUCAAAGUACAUCCAUUUCCAGAAAAAUGACAAAUUUUCAUUCUUAUUCAUAGGUGCUGUGCCUCUUGUCAGGGCAUUGGUCUCAGUGAAAUGAACAGUAACAGAUAGAGCCUGUUGGUACCAAGGAGUGAGAAAAGCCCCCGUUUGUCUCUGUUGGGCUACAUUACUCUGUGUAACACAGUGACCUCAAAGUACAUCCAUUUCCAGAAAAAUGACAAAUUUUCAUUCUUAUUCAUAGGUGCUGUGCGACUUUUGCCCCCAUCCUGUGUAUAUACUGUGUUUAUCUACUGGGGCAGGUUGCAUUUACCCAUGCACUCUGGGUAAAGCUAUCUUGAAGUUCAAGUUUGAGUUUUAACUCAGUGCUUUGCCUUCAUAAUGGAUGUCUUCGGUAAGCUUGUCAAUGUUCUGUCCUUUGAGAUGGGGAUCCUUGUUCUCCUGACUAAAAUGUUGUCUUCCAUUGCCCUUGCUGUCUUUCUGCUCUGAGCCUUCUUCCUUCUUUCCAUCCACUGUGUUUGUCUUUGCUUUGUUCUGCUUUCCCUGUGCCCCUGAGGCAUGGCCAGACAUGUCUUUGGACGCAUCUCUGACUUUGAAUCUUAGAGUCUCUAGCAGUAAGCUUGCCUAGAAUUAACUCCAAUGUGUUUCCCCUGCCACCUUUCUUGCUCUUGCUCCUGGAGACUCUGACCAAGAGAAGGGGAGUAUGCUGUCGAGGGAGCUCGAGGCCAGCUGCCACGAAGGGAACACCCUGGCACGUGAUUACUACAUCCUGGGCACCUUAGACAAAGGGUCCUUUGCAGAAGUCAAAGUGGCUCUCCACCUUAUGACCCAGACAAUGGUCGCCAUCAAAAUAUUGAAAAGGGGCACAAGGAAAGAUUUCUUAGUUGUUUCUGAGGUUGAAUUAAUGAAAACUCUUCAUCACAGUAACAUAGUGCAGUUACUACAGAUAAUUGACACAAGGCACAAAACCUACCUUGUGAUGGAAUAUGCAUCCAAGGGAUCCCUGCAGAAACACAUCAACAAGUGUGGGCGUCUACAGGAGGAAGAGGCGCGGACCAUCUUCACAGAGCUGUCUUUGGCCAUCGACUAUAUCCACAGUCAGAAUAUUGUCCACCGAGACAUCAAAGCCGAGAACAUCCUGUUGGACUGGGAUGGGCAUGUGAAACUAACUGACUUUGGUUUAGGCAAAAGACUGGCCUCAGGGGAACAGUUUGAGGGGUUCUGUGGUACCCCACAAUAUUGUGCUCCUGAAGUAUUCCAUCAGAAACCAUAUGACGGCCUUCCAGCAGAUAUAUGGAGCCUGGGUGUGCUCUUAUACUACUUAGUUGUGGGUCAACUUCCUUUUACAGAGGCAGCGCACUUCAAGAUAAAGUACCUGAACCAAUCCCAGUACUAUUGGAUCCCAUAUCGCCUCUCCCCAGACCUUCAAGACCUAUUGAAGAGAUUAUUUACACUAGACCCCACAACAAGGCCAUCCAUCAAAGAAGUAUUAGCACACCCAUGGCUGCGCCGUGAUCAAGGCACGUUGACAUCCUCAGAAAAAAUCCCUCAAGUACCAGAGCCCAACAUUGCUUUUGAAAUGUUUUUAAUGGGGCAUAAAGUUCAAGAGCUCAGAUAUGCAUUGAAGGAACGGAAGUAUAGUCGUGCCAUGGCAACGUACCUCAUCCUCAAAAGAAAGGGUACCCUCUGGCCCCAAUUUUGUUACGAUGCAGGGCAGGGUGGCACACUGAACCCUACAAAAGCUCACAGCCUUCCUUGUUCUUUAAGGGGGGGAAGCAGUGCAUCUACCAUUCGCACCUUCACUUCUCCCAGCCACUCUGAGCUGCCUGGGCUUGGGAGGAAAGGCCAUAAGAGGAGACACAGUGUGCCUCCCACCCUUUCUUCCCUCAAGAGUAGCUUCCUGGAAAACACCUCCCCACUGCAGGGCUUUAUGCCUCAUGUUGGAAAGGACACAUUCAGAGAAAAGGGGGGCAGAAUAAGCUCUACAACUUCACCCUCAAGAAAAAGAAAGGAGACAACAACAACAAUAACAUCAUCUUCAGGAACCACAGGCUCACUGUUCACGCUGUCCCAAACCUCAACCGUUGAAAGCACACAAGAUGGGACCAGUGAGAGCUCUGAGGCUUCAUACGCAUAUAGCAGCACAUCCUCCCGGGAGUCUACAACCAGCUGUCCCUUCCCCAGUAAGAAAUUCCAGGAAGAGAAUACAGGUUCCAAAUCCUCCCCAGACUCCAGCUCAUCUUCCUGGGUGUCUAUAACCAGCAGCCCCUUCCCCAGUAAGAAACUCCUGGAAGGGAACACAGGCUCCAAAACCUUUGAAGACUUCAGCUCAUCUUCCUGGGGAUCUACCACCUGGACUCCCUUCCCCAGCAAGAAAAUCCAGGAAGAAAAUACAAGCACUGAAUUCUUCCAAGACAGCAUUUCACCCUCCUGGGAAAUAGACCAUCAUGGGCCUCUCCCAAUGAGAAGGUGGGGAUGGAAGGGCCUGAAGAAGAGGAUCUCCAAAGCCUUAAGAAGACUCUGUUGCUGCCUCCCAGCGACAAAUAACAAUAUCGUGGCAGCCAGUGAAGAGUGCUUCAGAGACUCGGGCUGAAACAAGUAGGUGGGGUGUUAUGGGAAAGGAUACACUCUCUAGUUUCUUCUUCCCUUAAUGUAUUCCAGCAUGCUCACUGAGGGGGUUGGUGACAUUGUAUCUAUCAUGCCAGAAAGAAAAUCCCAUCCUGUCCUCCCUCCUCUGAGGAAUCCUCCAAUGCUUGAGCUCCAUGUAGACAGCAGAGGAUAGUGACCCAGCGCUGGGCAAGGAUGCUGGGGCAGGUUGGUGAAGGGAUCAAUGGAGCACUUGGGAGGAAUCAGCUUAAGGGCUCAUGUCAGCACGGAGCCAGCACAGCCAUGCACAAGUCCUGCAGAUUUCUAGUAACAUUUCUUGUGUCUGUCUCAAGUGCUGUCAGAGUCCCCCUGGUCCCAGGAGGGUGAUACCAGAAAGUGGAGAGGAGCCAGCUGAGGAUGCAGACAGGUGCAUGGAGGAGAGGGCCAGAGAGUUCCCCACAGGGCAGCAGUCCCAGAACAGCCGUGGCCCUGCACAUUCAUCUUCACAGCACCCAGAAGCCCCUGGAAGAAGCAUCCAUGGACUGCUGGUGAUUCCCAAAAGAACUGAGAAGAAACAUCAGACUGCAGAGAACCUCCAUGCACAGUGAGGAUGUCAGCUCAGCUGCCUGUCUCCAGGUGUACUUGUGAGCUGAGCAGACAAUGGUGCCGGGGGCAGAGGAAGGAACUCAGGGAACCUGACCUGUUCCAUGGGUCCAAGAGUUAUGUGUCUCCAGGAUAGAGGCAGCAACAGAACUGAGAAGCAGUGAGGGUCCAGCUGGAGUCCGCAAGUCAAUCCAGAGUCGGCAGACAGAGCUCAGCCCCACAGUUCUGCUGCAGGCCUCCAUAGCCUCCUGACUACUGCAGUCACAGUGAGAUCCAGAAGCCCUUACUAAGCUCCCAGCUCUAGUCUCUGAUUGUGCAAGUUACAGUCACACUUGAGUCAUUUCAUGGGUAUUCCUUAAAUUUGGUUGGACAUGCAACACACACACACACACACACACACACACACACACACACACACACACACACACACAGUCUAUAGUGUUGAUGUUUUCUUGAAGUGUAGAGAAUCCACAUUUGAAACAAGGUAAUUUCAUAAUUUCAGUGACUUUGCCUUCUGGAAACAGUCCCCCACAUCAGUUUUCUCUUGUCUCCACUCCCUUCUGACAAAGUAACUCCCUAUUCUCUGGCUUUCUAGGAGUCACGGGAAGCCAGGAUAGGCCUUGUUCCCCACUUUGGUCCAGGGUACCCAGCCAUGCACAAAGUGAUGCUUACCUAUGGACUGUCUUUUGAGGAGACCCAAGGUGAAGUCUGAAGUGCUUGCCACCUGAGUCCAGAGAAGGUGCUGGUGGCUGCUGGCAUGCUCAUGUCUUUGCUAACUCUGCCACCCCUGCUUCUGCUGCUGCUGCUUCUGCUGCUGCUGCUGCUGCUGCUGCUGCUGCUGCUGCUGUUUGUCCUGCUCCUGCUCCUGCUCCUGCUCCUGCUCUUGCUUCUCCUGCUGCUGCUGCUACUGCAGCUGCUACUUCUGCUGCUGGUGCUUUGGCUACUGCUUCUUCUGCUUCUGCUGCUGCUGCUGCUGCUUCUUCCGCUUCUGCUGCUGCUGCUGCUGCUGCUGCUGCUUUUGCUUCAGCUGAUGCUCUUGCUGCUGCUGCUCCUGCUGCUCCUGCUGCUCCUGCUGCUCCUGCUGUUGCUCCUGCUCCUGCAGUCUGUGCUGAGGGCAGCCUGGGGCAGUGUGAACUCUAUAGUCUGUGCUGAGAGCAGCCUGGAGUGUUAUGAACUCUGUAGUCUCUACUGAGGCAACCUUGGGCAAUGUGAAUUAUAUAGUCUGUGCUGAGGGCAGCUUGGGGCAGUGUGUAUUGUUAGCUUUAGGCAAAUUUUACUGAGGCUUCAACUACUGAUCUUUAGAAUUACAGACAUUUAACUAAACUUUAGAGAAGGCUUCCCCAAUGUAUCUUGGAAAAAACAGACGUUGCAAAAUAGUUCAUUUAAUUUCUACCUAAUACUAUAUAGUUUAGCACAUUGAUAUUAAAUUGAAUAUUUGGUUAUAAACUGC